AUGAAAGAGGCUGCUAAAACAGCAACCCAAAAUGCCGUUCAGAAAGCUGCCACUAAGACUGGUGAAUAUGCUGGCGAGAAGGCCGGCGAUAAAAUUCUUCAGUUAUUAAGCAAAAAGAAUAAAAAGACAAAAACACCAGUAGCGACAUCAUUAAUAGAAAAUCCACAAUCAAGAGAGCUAAGCAAUUACGAGAUUAAUGAGAGGGUAAAUCAAUUAUUGUCUGGAGGCCGGAUGAGAAGAUUUAUCUAAUCUAUUAGUAUAAUGAAUUCUUUUAGAGAUCCAAAAUAUGUUGAACGAUAUGAAGAUGUUAUUUUUGACCUAGAAACAGCACUGAAUACAACUGUCGCCAACAAUGCCUAUCAGAAGAAGAUGGCUAUAGGUUUGUUGUUGAUAACAGCGGAGAGGUUACACCAUUUGACUGGUAUAAUGCUCGAAUCAGUCUUGAUUUAAAAGUAGUCUUACUGGCUAAUGGUGGUAACAUUGCAGUAGCAGAUCAUAAUAGAAUUGUAAACGGGUCGUACUCAUUCUUGAAACAUUUUGAUAUUAAGCUAAAUGGCAAGAAAGUGUAUGAUUGUCAUGAUGCAAAUCAGGCGGUUAAUAUUAAAAACUUACUCGAUUACAGUCCAUCUUACGCUGAAAAAACAGCAUGUAAUGAGUUUUUCUUCCUUGAUACAUCCAGAAAUGCAGAAGAGCGGGAAUUUGAAGUUAGUGGUACAAAUCAAUUAGCCAAAAGAAGAGUAGCUUACAAUAAAGGUUUUGCCCUUCGAAAAGCACUCUUAGGUACCUCAUCCACAGUAAACACUGAAAUACCACUGAACAGAUACUCGUUUUUCGAAAUGUUAGAGGAUGAGCUGUUAUCCAAUACAAGGGUUGAGAUGAAUUUUGAGAUUGAGUCAGAUGGUAACCUACUUUGGCAAGCCGGGGCUAAUUGCAGGGUGCUUAUCACCAGGAUGCAGUUGUAUGUACCGCGGAUAACCUUUAACAGUGAAGGCCAAUCAUCCUAUAUGAGUCAGUAUCUUAAAAAUCACAAGUGGACUUACUUGAGAGAGAAUAUAGAAAGAUCAAAUAGUAGCCGGCAGAGAGCUGGGCAUUUCAGAAUAUCAACUGGUAUCUCAAAACCAAGGCACGUGUUUGUGUUCAUAAUCAAUGACGCGAAUAUCGAUGCCCAGACAGAGAACCCAUUCUUGUACAACACAUUCUCUGUCUCAACUGACCCAAGAACCUUA